ACCGCACCUUCACCCGGAUUCUGCCCACUUUCGGAGUCAAGUCGCUUCUCUCUCACAAUUUUUUUCCCCCCCUGCAAUAUUUGGAGUUUGUUAAAUUACAAGUACACCUAAAGGAAAAGGCCUACAGGAGCGUUCAGAAAUCAAGCCCAAGUCAAUCCAAGAUCCACUCAGGAUGGCAGGAUCCAUACAAGUGCAACAGGAGCAGCAGCGGCGGAGUCUGGAGACUCAAUAUGAAAGCAGCUACCACCAAAGCUCGCUGUCGUCCUUUAGCCACCGGUCUUAUGCAGCUCACGUGAGCAGCGUGGGGCUGGAGACUUCAAGUAAGAAACAGGAGAAGAAACUGAGCUCCAUCUCCAGGGUGCAGACUUCUGGUAAGAAGCAGGAAAAGAAACUGAGCUCCACUUCCAGGGUGAAGUCUUCAAGUAAGAAGCAAGAGGAAAAAAAGACUUCCUACGCCAGAGAACACAAGUGCGCCUGCCUGGCACUGGACAAAGAGGAGAGUGUCGUUGGAUACGUGGUUCCUGUUUGUAGAAGCAGUUAUUUAGCCACACAGGAUCUGAUGGAGAGCCAGGAGGAGCUGAAGGAGGAAGGCCUGGGCUAUGUGGUCAUGAAGAACCUCUUCUCCAGAGACGCUGAGUACCAGCUGAAACUGGUGAAGAAGAGCCGCAGCACGACUAUGAGGGAGUCUGCAGAAAGACUGUCCCUUAGCAAGAAGAUUCAAGAAAAGCACGAGUUCCAGAGGAAGCUGAACACGGACAGCCUGACUCAUCCUCCCGAAUUCAUUGUGAAACCGCGUGGUCAGACUGUGUGGGAAGGCAAGAGUGUGACACUGCACUGCACUGUGGCUGGCUGGCCCAAACCCCGCGUGGCCUGGUACAAAAAUAACUUGCUCAUCGAUGCAAAGGCUCACGCUGAGAAGUACACUACCGAAAGCAAUUACAACAUGCACUCUCUGGAGAUUAAAAACUGCGAAUUCGAUGACACGGCCGAAUAUCGCAUCUCGGCCCUCAACGUGAAAGGCGAGAGCUCUGCCUUCGCGUCGGUCAUCAUUAAAAGAUUUAAAGACGGAGAAGCGACUGAAAGACCCCAUGGUUUCAGUCCCGAACAUGGCGUCACCUUCAGGACCACCGUUAUCGAUAAGUUCGGAGUGGCCUUCGGCCGUGAAGGAGAGACCAUGAGUUUGGGCUGCACUGUCAUCGUCUAUCCCACUGUGAAACGCUAUCAGCCUGAGGUGCUCUGGUACAGGAACGGUGUGGUUCUGGAACCAUCUCAAUGGGUGCAGAUGCACUGGAGUGGCCAGCGAGCCACACUCACUCUCAUCCACCUCAACAAAGAGGACGAAGGAUUUUACACUCUGCGCGUCAACACCAAGUCGGGCUUCGACUCUCACUCCGCCUUUGUGUUUGUCCGAGACGCUGACGUGGAGGUUGAAGGGGUCCCCGUUGCCCCUCUGGAUGUGAGGUGUCAUGAUGCUAAUAAGGAUUAUGUCGUGGUGACCUGGAAACAGCCUGCGGUUGAGGGCAGCAGCUCCAUCCUGGGCUACUUUAUAGACAGGUGUGAAGUUGGCACUCAGCACUGGAUCCAGUGUAACGACACGCCAGUAAAAUAUGCCCGUUUUCCAGUCACCGGGCUCAUAGAGGGGCGCACUUACAUUUUCCGGGUUAGCGCUUUGAACAUUGCCGGGGUGAGUCACCCUUCUCGUGUCUCUGACCCUGUGGUUGCCAUGGAUCCAUCUGACCGAGCCCGUCUGAGAGCUGGUGUUUCCGCUCCAUGGACCGGUAUGAUCAAAUUCACUGAGGAAGAUCCCACAGUUGGUGUAAUCCCUGGGUCUCCUACUGAUCUGGCUGUGACUGAGGCUACUAAGAGCUAUGUGGUGCUCAGCUGGAAGCCUCCUGUUCAGAGAGGACAUGAAGGAGUUAUGUAUUAUGUGGAGAAGUGUAUGGUUGGCACAGACACCUGGCAGAGGGUGAACACUGGGAUGCCUGCGAAGUCCCCUCGCUUUGCCCUUUUUGACUUGGCCGAGGGCAAAUCCUACACCUUCCGCGUGCGUUCCUGCAACUCCGCAGGCGUUAGCGAGCCGUCUGAGGAAACCGUAGCCACGACUGUCGGGGACAGACUGGACCUGCCCUCGGCACCAGGGCCUGUUGUGCCCAUCAGGAACACAGCCUCCUCCGUUGUGGUGACCUGGAAGGCUUCUAAAGAGGCCGUAGAGCUUGUGCGCUACUACGUGGAAGUCAGCGUCGUGGGCAGCAAUGUGUGGGUGCCAUGCAACAACAAGCCAGUCAGAGACACCAGGUUUGUGUGUCACGGGCUGAACACGGGAGACAGCUGUGUUUUCAGAGUGAAGGCCGUGAACGCUGCUGGCUACAGCACUUAUUCCAGCGAGUCCGAAUCCUGCCUUGUAAAAGCAGCCCUCGAGGUGCCUGCUCCUCCAUCUGCUCUCACUUUGGUGGAGCGUUUUCGUGACUACAUGGUGUUGAACUGGCAGGCUCCUGCUAAAACCGGAGGAGUCGAUAUCAGGGGCUACUACCUGGAUUACAGGACCGUUAAGGGCAGUGUCGUAAGCAAGUGGCACGAGAUCAACACCAAGGCUGCCACUGGAACCACCUAUAAGGUGGAAGACCUGAAGGAGAAUGUAUUGUACCAGUUCCAGGUUCGUGCAGUUAACCAGGCUGGCAUUAGCGAGUCCUGCAUCAGCAGCGUUGCCUUCGAGUGUAAGGAGUGGACCGUUGCAUUGCCAGGCCCUCCUCAUGGGCUUCACAUGCUGGAGGUGAGAAAGGAUUCAUUGGUGCUGCUUUGGGAGUCGCCCACGUUCAACGGCCGUAGCCCCGUCACCGGCUACUACGUGGACAUCAAGGAAGGGAAUGGCAAAUGGAGAGGAGUUCAGGACAGGUCCACCAAGAAUACAUACUUGCAGAUAUCGGGCCUGAAGGAAGGUGCCUCCUACAUACUACGUGUCACUGCUAAGAAUAUUGCAGGUGUUGGUGGACCCUCCAAAGCUACAGACCCCAUCGUCGCUCAGACUCGCCCAGGCACUAAUGAGAUUGUGGUCGACGUGGAUGACGAUGGCGUGAUCUCGCUGAUCUUCGAGUGCUCUGAGAUGACUGAAAGCUCUCAAUUUGUGUGGUCAAAGAACUACGAGGCUCUCACCGAUACCUCCCGUCUCACUAUCGAAACAGUCAAGGGAAAAUCCAGAGCCAUCUUUAAUGAUCCUUCACUGGAGGACCUGGGCAUCUACUCCUGUGUUGUCACCAACACUGAUGGAGUUUCUGCCAGCUACACACUGACAGAGGAGGGACUGAGGCGCUUGUUGGAUAUCAGCCAUGACCACAAGUUCCCCAUUAUUCCUUUCAAGACCGAAAUGGCUGUUGAGCUACAGGAGAAAGGACGCGUGCGUUUCUGGGCGCAGGUUGCUAAGUUUACCUCCAAAUGCCAAGUGGAGUAUGUUUUCAACGAUAACAUCAUUACUCAAGGAAAGAAAUACACCAUGAAUUUUGACAGUAAAACCGGCAUUAUUGAGAUGUUCAUGGACUCUUUGGAAAUCACCGAUGAAGGAACCUUCACGUUUAACCUCGUCGAUGGCAAAGCUACCGGUCGUACCAGUUUGGUGCUUAUUGGAAAAGAGUUUGCUGAGCUUCAGAAGAAGUCUGAGUUUGAGAGAGCAGAGUGGGUCAGGAGACAAGGCCCUCACUUUGUGGAAUACCUCAGUUUCGAGGUCACCCAAGAAUGUAACGUGUACCUAAAAUGCAAGGUCGGAAAUAUCAAAGCGGACACUGAGAUAACCUGGUUUAAGGAUGGAAUUGAGAUCGCGGAGGAUGACGAAGAUGCUCAGAAAAUUGGCAUUGCAGAUGGCGUGCUGUCCUUCAACAUUGGCAAGCUUUCAAAGAAAGACGCGGGUGUUUACGAAGUGAAGCUGUGGGACGAGAGAGGAAAGGAUAAGACUUUGUUCGACCUGACGGAAGCAGGUUACAAGGCCGUGCUGAAUGAAAUGUUCAGAGUUAUAGCGCACUCUUCUACCGAAUUGAAGGUUCAGAGCACUGAGCAUGGAAUCAUCCUCCACUCGUUCGUCGUGUAUCACACAGAAGAGCUCCCUAUUGGUUGGUUUCACAAAGAUAGCAAGGUUUCACACUCAGACAGAGUGCAGUGUGGAGUCACAGGAGAGCAGCUGUGGCUGAAGAUCAACGAGCCCACAGACAAGGACAAGGGCAAGUACGCCAUCGACAUCUUCGCCGGCGAAGGCAGCGUCAGGAGAGUUCUCGACCUCGCCGGCCAAGUGUGGGAAGAAGCCUAUUCAGAGUUCCAGAGGCUGAAGGCUGCAGCUAUCGCAGAGAGAAACCGAGCGCGUGUGAUCGGAGGCCUGCCAGAUGUGGUCACGAUCCAGGAAGGCAAGUCUUUGAACCUCACCGGCAACGUGUGGGGCGACCCUACACCUGAAGUCACUUGGCUGAAGAAUGACAAAGAGCUGGUACGUGACGAUCACAUCACGCUCAAGUUUGAGCACGGCAAGUUCGCCAGCAUCACCAUCGCGGCAGUCAAUUCGGCCGACUCGGGCAAGUACGCCCUGCUGGUGAAGAACAAGUACGGCACAGAGGCUGGCGAGUUCACCGUCAGCGUCUACAUACCAGAAGACGAGGCUGAGAAGAAAGAGUAGAGAAAUACGGAAGCUUCAGGAGAGAGAGGGGCCGUGACAUGACCAGAUUGCAUCCUAAAGCAUUUUACUCCAAAGCAUGUGUGACCUCAGUACGUCAUAAACACACAGACACACUAACGCUCAUGGCCAAUUAGUAGUAAUAAUAAACACCUCAGUGUGGUAAUCUAGACUAGCACCAGAUCUAGAAACACGUUCGUGUGGCACAUUCAGUACUUUAAUCAACCGCUUACCCCGAACAUGGUUUGAAGUAAAAUGCUGCCAUAUUCAUAC